AUGAAACCAGAAAUUUUAGUUUCCCCAAAUGUAAUAACUGUCAAUGGUAAAAAAAUCAGCAUAUCUAAAAAACUUAUUGAUAAAUACAAAUAUUGUAAAGUCAGAGACGAAAUAGAUUUAGAAAGAACUGACGCGAAUGUGUGGAUUUUUUCCUCUUCUACCUUUGAUAUUUGCUGGUAUUACCGCGGCGAGUGUAGCAAUGGUGGGAUAUCUGACGCAGUAGGCGUUGCCAACAAUGAUAAAGCAGCUGCAGUAAAAGCUGCCAAUGAAAAGAAAGCAGCUGCAGUAAAAGCUGCCGACGAACGUAGACACAAUUUAACAAUGGAAAAGUUGGCAGCAGAGGGUAAAAAACCUAAUAUGGAAAAGAAAGGUUCAGGAGUGGCAGAUAUAUUAGGAACAGUUAAAGAAUUUGGAAAACGAUUUGGGGAAGAAACCAAGAAAACUGUUAAACAAGGAUUAAACAGUAUCAUAGACAAAAUCGACACAGCAGAAAUGAAAGUCAAACAUAAGGGUAAUGGAAUAUUUUUUAAAAACAUACGCAAUGGAGAAGGAUUAUUUCUUUCAAAGUAUAAAGGAGAUGGAGUAAUUUUGAACAAACAUAUAGAAUAA